AAAAGGGGAGAAAAGUGUUUCUGUCAUCACACUGAUUCCCCUCCAGGCUCGUCGCUGGCUGGUGGGAGUCUGUGGCAGCUGCAGCAGGUGGUCACAAAGUUGACAGGGAAAAAUGCCAUACUGUAUUACUCCUCCUAUGGCUGCUACUGCGGUGUGGGGGGCCAGGGGCAGCCCAAGGAUGCCACAGACAGGUGCUGCCAGCUGCACGAUGCCUGCUAUGACAGCCUCCAGAAGUACCACUGCAACGCCAAGCUGCAGUACUACCAGUACAGCUGGCACAGCAACCGCCUCACCUGCAACAGGGACUCGUGGUGUCCCCAGAUGUCCUGUGAGUGCGACCGCAGCCUGGGGCUGUGCCUGCAGAGGAGUGCAAAGAGCCACAACAGGCGUUAUCUUCUGUACCUCAAGAGCAAGUGCAGGUGAUGAGCACAUGCAAAGUGAAGACUCUUUGGGAUUGGCCCUCUGCUCCAGAUGGGUUUUGCAUCUGGAGCUGAGUUCCUGCACGGACCCGCAUUCGUGUUGAAUUUAAUCGAUGUAAAAUUGAAAAUAAAUUAUGUGCUUCAAUCAUCUUGGUCCUCUGUGAGCUGGAGCCCAGCAUUGCCCUCCCAGUGCUUCCCAUUACAUUCCAGAUCCUCCUAGCACACACACAGUACCACCCUGUGCUACACAGAGCAGCUCAAUAACCUCUCAGCACCCUCAAAUGCUGCCUAAAGAUCCCCAGAGCAUCCCCAGUAACCUCCUUAGCACCUCCCAGUGUGCUCCCAGUGCCCCUUAGUGUUGUCCAGAGCCUCCUAACACCCUCCCAGUGGACCCCAGUCCUUGCUAGAAUUCCCCAAUAUGCUCCCAGUGCUGCAUAGCACCCCACAAUAAUUUCUCUAUGCCCUCCCAGUGCAGCUCAGUACUGUCUUGAGCCCUCCAGUAUCCUGCUAGUGCUGCUUAGUGUAGCCUAAAGGUUUCCAGUGCCUUUCCACUGAGCUUCAGCAUUGCCCAAAGCCUUUCAAUUAAAUGCCAGUGCUCUGUGGU